AUGAUAAAAUUUCAACCGCAGCUAGCAUCUUUUCGGUCUUUAUUAUCCUCAUCCUACCAAAGAUACUAUUCAUCAUCUUCACAAAUCCAUGAUGUUUACAUAUAUAAUUCAAAAAUUAAAUCAUUGGAGAAAUUUGAACCUAAAUAUCCUGGAACGAUAUUUUGGUAUUCCUGUGGUCCAACAGUUUAUGAUAGUUCUCAUAUAGGUCAUGCUAGUACCUAUGUCACAUUUGAUAUUAUACAUCGAAUAUUAAAGCAUGUAUUCAAUUAUAAUAUUGUUCUUAUGAUGGGUAUAACCGAUAUUGACGAUAAAAUAAUAAACCGUAGUCAAAAAGAACAUGUUCACUAUUUAGAAAUAUCGAAAAAAUAUGAGCAAGAAUUUAUUGAUGAUAUGUCAAAACUUAAUGUUCAACCACCAACACUAUACGCACGUGUAUCGGAACAUAUACCAUUAAUAAUUAAUUUUAUACAAAAACUAAUUGAUGAUGGCUUUGCUUAUUCAUGUCCAUCAGGGUCAGUUUACUUUAAUAUGACUCGAUAUGGAGAAAAAAAUGAAUACAAUCAUCAUCGUAUGAAUGAACAAGGUGUAUCAUCAUUAGAAUCAGAUAUUAUUAAUGAAAAACGAAAUGCCCGCGAUUUUGCACUAUGGAAAGGACGAGACAAAACAGCUAACGAAUUGAAAUUUCAAUCACCAUGGGGUUUUGGAAGACCUGGCUGGCAUAUUGAAUGUUCUGCAAUGGUUAGCCGAACAUUUGGAUCUCAUCUUGAUAUACAUUCCGGUGGACUCGAUCUUGUUUUUCCUCAUCAUGCUAAUGAAAUACUUCAAUCAACAGCCUACCAUGGUAGUAAAACGUGGGUUAAUUAUUGGUUACAUGCGGGUUUAUUAAAUACGAAAUCUAUGGAUGAAAAAAUGUCGAAAUCAUUAAACAAUACAAUACUUAUUCGUGAUAUGCUUAAAACAUAUACAGCAACACAAUUUCGUUUAUUCUGUCUAAUGCAUGAUUAUCGAUCACCUAGAUCGUUUGAAUCAGCUGCUAUUCAACAAGCAUUAUUCGUGGAUAAAUUAUUUAAAGCAUUUUUUGAAACAAUUCAAGCUUGCCAAAAAGGUCUAGUUGAUAUAUCAACUUUAUCUGAAGCUGAAAUAAUUACAAAAAUCAGAAAUGCACAGGAAGAAAUUGUUGAUGUUUUAGCAAAUAAUUUUGAUACUCCAUCAGCUAUGACACGGCUACAAGAAUUAGUUCAUUGGAUUAAUUCACAUAUGAAUUAUGACACACCUACCACCAAUGAGAAUACAAUACAUAACAUUCCAACGUGUGCAUUAUUUCUAGCCGUUGAUUUUAUUCAAUCAUGGUUAAAUAUAUUUGGUAUAGAUAUUAGUUUAUCUGGUCACCAAAAUCAAAAUAGUUCAUCAGAUCGUAUUCUACUAGAAAAUGUGAUUGAAAAAAGUGUUCAAUUUCGUACUAAUAUACGUGAAAUAUGUCGUCGAUCACCAUCGGAUGAAGUAAAUCCCAAGAAAUUGUUACUCGAACAAUGCGAUGAUUAUCGUUCACAAAUGAAGUAUAUUGGUGUUGACAUAAAAGAUCGACAUCAAGCUUCAACAUGGUCCUUUAAGAAAUGA